CGCGACGCGACACGACGCCAAUCCGACGACCGUUCACGAUGACGAGAGUUUCGCGGUGAGACGCGUCACGGCAAUCGAAUCGAACGACAUCGCGACAGUGUCGAUAUCCGAUCACUACCGGAAACCUAGACUUCCCGUUGCUGUGAUUUUCGCCACGCACACCGAUUUCGUGACUCGUAACGCAUGCGUGUUCUUUCCUUUACAUGCCGCGUGACGGCGACCACGGUUUCGCAGUUGUUCCGCAUUUUGGUUUUGGUUCAUCGACCUUUCGCACACCGUCCCAGACGGACGAUGGGACGUCCUUGACGAAUGAAAUUUUCUCCUCGAACAUCUCGGAAACUAUAUUUCCCUGGCCAUUGCCAUCAGGGCUCCUUCUCCUUCCCUGUCUCGUGCCGCUUUGAUCGCCCCGUUCUCUCGCCACCCCUGUCGCAUGCAACGCGUGCUGGUCAUUACGUAACAGUUACCACAUUGUCCUCUUUACCGUACGAUUCCUUUCGUCUUCCUUCCGGUCUCGCGUUCUUCCGCCGACAGCUUGCGAAGCAACGUGUUUUAACGAGGAAAGGAAAGGUUUUCUUCUUCGAUCCAGCGGUUUUAGGUGAACGUUCCACUGGUCGCGACACCGCGACCGACCUUUUGACUCUGCUGCCCUCCCACCAUUCCCACGUGCCAACGAACUUUCGACAAAAAGUAAUCGUCGACCUCCUAGUCGUGGAAGUCGUAGGAAGAUCGAGUCAAUUGUCCAAAGUUAUCUCGUAACGAUUCUGUGCCAAAUAAACGGGCAAACGAAGGGAUCUACGAUACCGGAAUGCAAGAUCGAGCAAAGGAUCGAGAAGCUGACUACCACGUCGAAUUCAUCGAGGAGGAUGGCUCCGUUUCGCCGAUGAUCGUUACACGAUCAUCGACUCUGCCAUUCUACUCACGGCGCGUAGAACGAAACGGGGAACAGUAGCUGCCAGGUGUAACGGGGUGUCGGUAGGGAGGACCGCUGCCACUAUGGGAAUUCUAAUUAGAGAUAAUGACGUCAUUAAGGUCUGAGCCACGACGAGACGAGACGGUCUGCUGCGCUUACUGUACAUACUCUCUAUUCCGAGUGGUUGAGCGAUCUCCGAAAUCCUGGCAGAGGCGUGCUCGUUUAUUUUUGGAUGUUUGCGAGCAACAGAGGCCCCUUAACUCGUCGCGAUCCAAUUCUCUUCGAUCCGUUCGCCCCCGUGCUCGAGAUUCGCGAUCGAGCGGAUCACGAGGAUGCCAGCGCACGUAUUCGCGUCGAACGUCUUUGUUCCCGUUGCCAUUUUCCAGCCUCCGUUUCGCCGAAAGCAAUCGUCCCGCAGGUUUCAUCGAGGAGAAUCGAUCGCAGCUACCUGCUGAAACAGAGAUCAUCGGGGACAGCCGUGGCAGAAGAAGAGGACGAGGAAUGCUGGAAAGGAGGAUCGAGAAACGCGACGAGGCUCGCGAUUUCCCGUUCACCGUCCCGGUAUAAUUGUUGACGGAUAAAUAAAUGGAGCGCACAAAGAGGCCUCUGUGUCGAUGGCAGUGCGUGCUCCACGGCGCGGCGCGCGCCUCGAAAUUUAUGAUUCGGCGAGAGAAGGAAGGAAGGACGGAACGGAGAUGAAACUGGAAGACGAGUCGCAGCUAAAUUCAUCGAUCGUUUCGAACGAUACCGCGGAGGCGUACUCCGUUCCGCGGUCUCGCGAUUAUGCAACAAUGCCGUACAAUCCCGUGCAUUGUCGAGGAAAACGUGGAAAAAUCACUGGGCGUUCGCGAGUGGUCAGCUACGUUCGACUCUCUUUCCUCCCUCGGCCCUUCGUUCAGAAAACAGACGGACGCUGGUCGCGUUGCGCCCGCCAAUUAAGCAUCUAGAGCGCGAACGAGCGAUACGGUUUUUGUCGGAAUUUCCGGUAACGAUUUAUCAAACGGGAAAGAUGGUAUCGAGCACGAAGGAGAGCCGCGGCAAGAAACGACUUCUCGUAGAGGAGCUGAAGCGAACGAAACACGGGGAAGGGGGGAGAUGAAUAAGGGGAAGAAGCCGAAGAAGAAGAGGAAGAAAAGAUGGCUCGCGAGCCUCGUCGAAGAGGAUCUCGCGCGAACCCAGAACGCGCAGCUAUGCACGCUCGAGCGCUAUCAAGUGUCAAACGAACCGAACGUAAGAAAAACCAAACGGAGCAACGAAACUUUGAGAGAACGCAGCCGGACGAAAGGGAGAAACUUUAGACGGUAUCCGUAACCGCCUACGCGACGCUCCGACGACCCCUCGCUCGAGGAAUAUGGCCACUUUUGACCCUCUCCACGUUGACUCCAACCACCCGAG